AUGAACAAAAAAUCCACCCCAUCGAUGUCAUUGUCCGAUACCGACAGCUGUUUCGGUGUUAUUGCAGGGUCUAGGAUAUAUGCCGCCAGUGAAGAGCCUGGUCGAAUUUCCCUUCUAGGCAAGUUGGCAGACCCCUGCGGAAUUCUGCAGCUGGGCGGUCUUGGCUUCAAACAUCUCAAGUGCAAAAUUAGAUUCGGACUUUUCACCCUCGAGAUUCGCGAAUCGCGAGACCAAGGAUGCGGAGGCGGAUUUCGGUGCCAGCUAUAG